UGUAUCAUUUAAUACUAUCAUUGCUACCAUAGCUUGUAUAUCUGUGACAUUAUGUAUAUAUCGACAGAGUUGAAUAAUGAAUCAUUUAAUACGAUACAGAGAUAAGUACAACAAAGUUAAACUGAUUUUGUAUUGCUGCAACAACUUUUAUUGAAGAGGUGAAUGGAAAGAAAUCAAAGAAUCAUGGAUGAAGACGAGUGUUCAGAUAAGGAUGAAACGAUUAGAUGUCUUGAUUAUCAGAACGGCCAAGCCUGUGUAGAAAUGAAAAGUGGGUCCACAAUAGUUUGCAAAUUCUCACAUGCAAGUUUGAAAAGGGAUUAUGUGUUUACUCAUGAUGAGUUGGAGAUGUUUUUGCAUCAGUCUUGGAGCUUUGAUAAUAAACAACAGCUUUUGAAAAAACUUGCUGAAUGGAUGCUGGAACACCAGAAAGGAUUGUGCAUUGCAAAACAUUUCUGUGGUAUCAUUUUGGAAAUACUAACAAGAACUCAAGUUUUGGUUAGAGAUAGUGAAGCCAAACAAUCAAACCAUUUGAAGUUUAGUUUAACAUUGAGCCAUUUAUUACCAUCAUAUCCAUAUAUCUUAUCAUUUGUUCUAAAAUAUUUCAAUGAAUUUGGACCAUUUUUUGGCCAAAGAAUGAAACCUGAGGAAUAUGCAUUAGUUGUUGAAACUUCCUAUAGGUUCCUGCGUUUUUCACCAGUGACUUUUCGUGGUUUAUGGGAUUGGGGGAUGCUUUGUGAGGUUUAUUACUUGAGAAAUGAAGAAACUAAACAAUUCUUUGUAAGAGCCAUGUCAAUUGUCUUGAAUUGCAAUAACAGAGAAAAUAUGGAACUCUUUGGGAGUGAUCAGGACAUGUAUAAUCAAAAAAUGGAAUUGGAAAUGAAUGAAACAAAUGCGCAAAGAAAUGAUGUUAGAAAUGAUCUAGCAAUAGAGAAAACAAAUGUCCAAGGCAAUAUCUAUGGAGACAGUUCAGAUGUACGAAACAAUGGGAAAAGGGAUACUGAAAUAACAAACAAAAUUGUAUUCACUGAGCAAGAUUUUGGUGAAUUGCAUAUGAUCACAGCAAAUAUGUUGAUACCAAGAAUCUCAAAAGUAAAUUUAUGCUCACAAGGGUUGGUAGCAGUUCCAUCAAUGAGAAGAAAUGUUGAAGCUCUUUCAGUUGCAUUAGUUUCUGGUAGAGGUAUCUUGCUUUCUGGUGGUGUUGGAAGCGGGAAGACGUCAUUGGUUGAGCAUUUUGCCAGUUUGACUGGAAGAGAUAAGCCACCACACUUGCUUAAAGUGCAGCUUGGAGAUCAAACAGAUAGCAAGGCGUUGAUUGGUUCAUACUGCUGUUCCGAUGUCCCAGGAGAGUUUGUUUGGAGACCUGGUAUAUUAACACGGGCUGUAAAAGAAGGACGCUGGCUUUUGUUAGAAGACAUCGACUGUGCACCUAUGGAUGUAAUAUCUGUUCUUAUUCCUCUACUGGAGUCACGUGUGAUGACCAUUCCUGGAAAGGAAAAUAUCCAAGCUCACUCUGGUUUUCAGCUUUUCGCUACACAAAGGGUUGGAGGAGUUAGCAGAAGAUCAAAUUCGGAAUCUUCAUUGUUGGAACAUUUGUGGUCGACAAUUCACAUUGAACCGCUGACGAAGAAUGAAUUGGAAGAGAUUGUCGUGGUAAAGUUUCCCAACUUAAAACCUCUGGCCAGCAAGCUUGUGGACACGUUUUCAUUGCUCUCGUCCGAUCUUCAGCUAACCUCAAAACCAGACACCAGAAAUUUAUCCGCAGACAAACGCUUAUCAACUGUUCGUGAUUUUAUGAAAUGGUGUCGUAGAGUAAACGCGCUGAGCAACGCGGGAACGACAUUACUCAGCUCACAAGAUAUAUUCCAGGAGGCAAUUGACUGUUUUUGUGCAACUAUUUCAAAUGUUGAACAUCGACUAAUCAUUGCACUAGCUAUUGGUGCUAAACUAAACAUAAAUAAAGUCAAAGUUGACUUUGUAUGUAAUAUAUAUAAACCGGAUCUUAAAGUGGCCCCACUAUGUUUCACUGCUGGACGAGUGACAUUGAACCGUGAACUGCGGGAGGAGGAAGUUACUGAGAAACCAAAUUUUGCGUUCACCAGACACUCUUUGACCUUACUCGAGUCUUUGGCGGUUUGUGUAUCUCAGAAUGAGCCAGUGUUGUUAGUUGGGGAGACUGGAACUGGUAAGACGUCAGCAAUACAAUACCUCGCUGCGCUAUGUAACCGCUCCUUGGUUGUGAUCAACAUGAGUCAGCAGAGUGAUUCCACUGAUUUGAUUGGCGGGUUUAAACCAAUGGAGAUGAAGCAGCUUGUCGCACCAGUUCGAGAAGACUUCGAAAAUUUGUUUUGCCAGACAUUUUCAAGGAAACAGAAUGUGCAGUUUCUUACAAAUGUGCAGCAAUGUUUUGGGAAAAGAAAAUGGGAAGUUCUCUUCAAGGUGAUGCUCCAUGCACAACAAGCUGCAGUAGACAAAAUCUCCAAAGAUACAAGUAAUGGUCACAAUCUGCUGCUCGUUUGGAAAAAAGUUGGUCAACGUAUACAACAUCUUCGUCAGCAGUUGAAAUAUGCCGAGUCUGCGCAAAUGUUCUCAUUUAUUGAAGGUGCUUUGGUCAAAGCUAUCAAGAGUGGGCACUGGGUCCUACUGGACGAGAUUAAUUUAGCCACGCCAGAAACACUGGAAUGUUUGAAUGGGGUUCUGGAAAGUCAACAGGGGUCCGUGGUUGUUUUGGAAAGAGGAGAUGCUGAGCCAAUUGUUCGUCACGAAGAGUUCCGUAUAUUUGCCUGCAUGAACCCUGCAAAUGAUGUAGGAAAGAAAGACUUACCUUCAGGAAUAAGAAAUCGUUUCACUGAGAUGUUUGUCAAUGAAUUACAAGACAUCCCUGACUUAAAGACCUUGGUCUUUAACUAUCUUCAAGGACUAUCACCACCUGGACCAUUCAUCGACGGCAUUGUAAGUUUUUAUCUAGUAAUCCGUGAAGAAGCGAGUCAGAAGCUGACAGACGGCUGUGGAAAUCGACCUUAUUACAGCUUGCGUACUCUGUGUCGAGCUUUGAAGCUUGCCUCACGAAAUCCUCAUGGCAACAUAUUGCGCUCUGUGUACGAGAGUUUUUGCAUCAGUUUUCUUACUCAGCUUGACAGAUCAUCACACAAGAUUGUCGAGUCCUUGCUGCAGGAGAAGUUACUUGUCCACGUGAACGCCCGUAGCUUGCUAAACCAGCCUCUCCGAAAACCAGUUUUAAAAAACGAAAAGUUCCUCAACUUUGAAGGAUAUUGGGUUUGUCAGGGAAAUAUUGAGCCGACGAGGUCAUCUGAAUAUGUUUUCACAGCUUCAGUAAAAGACAAUUUGAAGUGCUUGGCCCGUAUUGUGUCUGGAAGGGAUUUUCCAGUGUUAAUACAGGGCGAAACGUCAGUUGGGAAAACUAGUCUCAUAAAUUGGUUGGCGAAAGCGAGCGGCAAUUACUGUGUCCGUAUCAACAACCACGAACAUACUGAUAUUCAAGAAUACUUGGGUUGUUACACGUCUGAUAACAGCGGGAAAUUAGUCUUUAAAGAAGGAAUUCUUGUCGAUGCGAUGCGAAAGGGAUACUGGAUUAUCUUGGAUGAACUCAAUCUCGCGCCAACUGAUGUUUUGGAGGCAUUGAACCGACUUCUAGACGACAACCGUGAACUGUUUAUUCCCGAAAUCCAGGAAACAGUAAAAGCACAUCCAAAAUUCAUGUUGUUUGCAACACAAAACCCACCCGGCCAUUAUGGAGGAAGAAAGGUUUUAUCAAGAGCAUUUAGAAACAGAUUCGUUGAGCUCCAUUUUGAAGAACUUCCAAGCAAAGAACUCGAGACAAUCUUGCAUAAAAGAUGUAGCUUGCCGCUGUCCUAUUCCAAAACACUUGUCAAUAUUAUGCUUGAACUUCAGCUCCGCCGUCGUGGUUCGACAGUGUUUUCUGGAAAACAUGGGUAUAUUACUCUACGAGAUUUAUUUCGUUGGGCAGACAGAUACAGUAAGUCACAAGACGCUGAAGGAACGUUUUUUGACUGGAAUCAACAACUAGCUGAAGAUGGAUAUUUUUUGCUUGCCGGGAGAUGUCGCAACAACCAAGAAACACUUGUUGUUCAAGAAGUCAUCCAAAAACACAUGAAGCGAAAAAUCGAUGUACACUGCCUCUUCGGUCAUCCGUCCAAAGAAAAAUUGUCAUUCUUUUCAGAGAAGAUUCUUCACGAUCUAAUCGAGAAUUGUCCCGAAGAAUUUGGUCACGUUGUAUUCACGUGCAACAUGAGACGACUGGCUGUGUUAGUAGCUCGUGCCCUGCAAUUCAAUGAACCUGUUUUACUGGUUGGUGAGACUGGCUGUGGCAAGACAACAAUCUGCCAAAUAUUCGCCGCUGUUCAAAAGCGAAAACUGUAUGCAGUAAAUUGUCACUUGCAUACCGAGACCUCGGACUUUCUGGGUGGUUUACGUCCUGCGCGACGGGGCAAGAACGCUGACCAGCAGGAGUCAUCAUUGAGGCUCUUUGAAUGGUGUGAUGGUAGUUUGGUGUUAGCUAUGAGAGAGGGUGGUAUGUUCCUGGCAGAUGAGAUCUCUUUGGCAGAUGAUUCAGUUUUAGAACGUCUCAACAGUGUCUUGGAACCAGAACGAACUCUUAUCUUGGCUGAGAAGGGCAGCAGCAGUGAUUAUGAGUUUCAACAAGGCGUUGAUUUGAUUGUGGCUGAAAAAGGUUUUCAAUUGCUCGCUACAAUGAAUCCUGGAGGAGAUUACGGGAAAAAAGAGCUUUCACCAGCCUUGAGAAAUAGAUUCACAGAGAUUUGGUGUCCAGCAAAUGAUAACCCAGACGACAUGAUCGCCAUUAUUGAACACAAUAUAUCGCCUGGUAUCACGCUAAAGCCUCGCAAAGAUGGCUCCUCUGGUUUUGGAAAUGCUAUGAUUGAGUUUAUUGAGUGGUUUAAACAUAAUAAUUUUGCUAAACGGUGUGUGAUAACAAUUCGAGACUUUCUUUCCUGGGUGAAAUUCAUCUGUUUCACAGCAAACACUAACAACAAACACCAAAUUCUCUCUCCAACGCAAGCUUACUUCCAUGGUGCAUUCCUCGUAUUUCUUGACGCCUUAGGUCUUGGAACUUUAAAAAACAGUCAAAACACAAGCAGUGCCCGGGACGCGUGCGCACAAUUCUUGCAGGAACAAUUAAAAGAUUACUCAAAACUAGUCAACGGUGAUUGUCCUAAUGAGAAUGUGAUUAAUGAAUCAAUGGAAACAGAUGAAAAUAAAAGUGAAAUGUUUACGCUUGGCAGUUUUUCUAUCCCAAGAGGUCCAGAAUCAUCUUCAAGUAUUCGCAAUGAAUAUGCCCUGAACGCUCCAACGACGUAUGGGAAUGCCCAGCGCGUAAUGAGAGCAAUGCAGCUACAGCGUCCUAUACUACUGGAAGGUUCACCUGGUGUAGGAAAGACAAGUUUGGUUUCAGCUUUGGCUAAAGCGUCUGGUUAUCGCCUUGUGAGAAUAAACCUUUCUGAACAAACGGAUAUUAGUGAUCUGUUCGGUGCUGAUCUGCCGGUCGAAGGUGGUCAAGGUUGUCAAUUCUCUUGGUGUGACGGACCUUUACUACUAGCUUUAAAAUCAGGAAGUUGGAUCGUUCUUGAUGAGCUUAAUUUGGCCUCGCAGUCAGUAUUGGAAGGACUCAAUGCUUGUUUUGAUCAUCGAGGAGAGAUUUUCAUUCCGGAACUUGGAAUGUCAUUUAGAGUUCAACACGAAAGGACAAAAUUCUUUGCCUGCCAGAACCCGUUAAACCAAGGAGGGGGUAGAAAAGGCUUACCUAAAUCUUUUUUAAAUAGAUUCACUCAGGUGUAUGUUGAACCGCUGACAUACGAGGAUCUAUUGUUCAUCACACAAGCCAUGUAUCCAACGAUUGAGAGAAAUGCAUUAGAGAAAAUGAUAACAUUCAACUCUCAGGUUCAUCAACGUUGCGUUGUUGAAGGUCUGUGUAGCAAGCAUGGUGGCUCUUGGGAAUUCAAUCUGAGAGAUAUUUUCAGAUGGUGUGAUCUGAUGAUAAAGUAUCAGGACGCGUCACACUGGAAUCCAGUGGCAUUUGUUCAACUGAUAUAUGCUGGUAGAAUGAGGCAAGAAAUCUGUAGAAAUCAGGUUUGGGAAUUGUGUUCCUCGGUUUUUGGCCAAAAUUCAGCAAAAGACAUCGGCACUCUCGUUCACGCUACGCCCUCGAAUAUUCAGGUGGGUCAGUGUGUGUUUCCAAAAUCCAAAUCUCACAUGCAAGAUGGAACAUUUCAAGCUGGUCCCCUUUAUAUCCUUCAUCGUACAUUAAAACCUUUGGAGAGUUUGCUGACUUGCUUAAAAAUGAACUGGCUGGCGCUCUUAGUCGGCCCGAAGUCUUCUGGUAAGAGUUCACUUGCUAGACUUGCUGCAAAACUGACUGGAACUAAACUGGAUGUAAUGGCAAUGAACAGUUCCAUUGAUACCACUGAGUUAUUGGGUGGAUAUGAACAGGCUGACUUGGAGCGACAACAAACCGAAAUAAAAACCAGAGUGAAGGAAGACAUAUUUCGUUUGUGCAAAAAUUUACUACUCUUGGAGGAUUUUGAUAUUUCUCUCGGCGAUCUAAAGAAUAUUUUGAGUCUUUGGUUUGCUUUUGACGGAAACAAUCUUAAGAGCAAUUGUAGUAAUAACAACGAUACAAUGGAGGAUCAUGCAUCAGCUAUGCUUGAAAAUAUCUCACAGAUGUCUAAACUUAUCAAUGAAGCAAGUAAUAUUUGUCAGAAGCACAACUUUGCUGAUUACGAUUUUGAACAGCUGAAAGUACUGGUGACAAGAUUACAUAAGGAGUUGGUUCAAAGCAACGGCAAUUCUCAUGUCAGCGGUCAAUUUGAAUGGGUGGACGGUCAGCUCGUGAAAGCAUUGAAGAAUGGUCAUUUGCUCCUAAUUGAUAAUGUUAACUUUUGUAGUCCCUCAGUUUUGGAUCGUUUGAAUGGCUUGUUAGAGCCAGGAGGUGAAUUAAGCAUUAACGAGCGAGGAGUUGUUGAUGGAGAUAUUCCAGUUGUAAAACCUCAUCCUGAUUUUAGAUUGAUAUUUGCUAUGGAUUCAAAACACGGAGAAAUUUCGCGAGCUAUGAGGAAUAGAGGCGUUGAAAUCUUCCUGAUGGACCAGGACAGUGAUACUGAUGAUCUUUGCAGUAUGCUGUACUCUUCAGGCUGUCGAAGUACAACUGCGGUCCAGACUCUUGUAGACUUUCACAAUCAGAAUAAACAAAGUUCACUUCUUCAGACCAUUCAUAUCGGAUCGUUGAUUGGCGAGCUCUGCCAAAGAGGAAUUGAACUUGAGCGGUCCCUGGUCCUUUCAGUGAAACAUGUCAAUGGUCAAACACCUUCGCCGUUCCAAACAGAAGAUGAGCUGGUGCAGAAAAAAAAUAUAGAAAAAAAUCCUUCUGCAAGCAGUUUUCAAAAAGAUGCCGUCAGAGCAAUGAUAUCUUGGCAUAGUAUCCCGCUUAAGAGAGUUAUCAAAGGUGCAAGAAAAUCCCCCAAUAAUGUCAUGACAGCAAUAAUUCUAUUCUUGGAGUGGUGUAGCAAGAAAGAUUGGAUUACAAGAGUGGAUCGAUUAAAGCAUUGGUUGCACAGCGUGAACGGAAGAGAGGAGUUUACUUGUGAACUAAAUAUGCUCGAGGUCUGUCUUCACAAGUUAUUUCAAAGUGAAGCAGCGAGGCAGACAUACAAAUUGUAUGACGAUUUGGAGACGAAAUUUGGAGAUUGUAACUUUGAUGCAAGCUAUCAACCUGUAAAUAUCAGAGUGAAUGGCCCAUUAUAUGACUACAUUCGUUGCAAGAUUCAUAGCGAUGAUGAAAUGUCAGUGGAAUGUGUUAGUCAUACAAACAGGGUAUAUUUAUUAUGGACAUACUUCAUGCUCGAAGCAAAGCUAGAAUCAUGCGUCAAAGUCGUUGGUAAAACAUAUUUGAAAAUGCCAUUGUCGCUGUCGUUUGCUUUCGCAAAGGGUGAUGUGAAAGCUGAGAAUCUUCCUCACAAAGGAAUUGCACAUAUCUACCCGUUAAUGUCUUCAUUUCAAGAAUGUGUAAAAAAUUUCUUGCAAAACAGUUGUGUGAUCAUUAAUGACGACAUUGCAUAUAUGGUAUGGGUGUCCUUGAAACAGCAAAAGCAAUUUUUAGAUAUGUGUAUUAAAAGCUAUAACGAUGAUGAAAACUAUCAUAUUCUAUUCGAUAUUCAUUGGAAGUUCUUCAGCACUGGUCCACUUGUCACUAUUUGUAAGAUUUUAAGCGAUUUUCGAUAUGAAAUUGAUGUCUUCCAAGAGCUGUUGAGUGUAAAGAAAUGUCUUGACGACAUUUGUAAAUUUGAUGAUGACCUGGUUUCUUGUCAUUGGAAGAUGAUCAGUUCUUUUGAACAUCCGGCGACAUUUCUCUUUGAGGAAAUAUGUCUUUUGUGGAAAAAAAUUGGCAAGUUGUUUGCUGAUGUAAAUCAAAGUGUAAAAAUAACUGGAAGUAUCACGCAAAAACGUGCAUUGCAAGUCGAAUUGUUAAAUGGUAUGGUGUCAUUGAUGCAACUUCGUGAAGGACGAGUGCAAGAGGUGAAGGCAGAGAAUAUUUUAGGAAGAAUAAAAGAAAACAUAAACAAGUUAACACAAAAUCAUGAAUCAAACGAAACCAUGGAUCAAAGUUCAUCUGAUGUGCUCACGCAGUUGGCUGAGAUUUCUAUUGAAAAUCCCGAUAACGAACAUCCGGAGAAUAUGACUGAAGUUUUUUACUCUGAGAUUAUUCAAGAUUACUGUAAAACUGUGGCCGAUUCUGCUUAUACCGAGUGCAUCAACUUCUUAACACCAACAAUUUUACAUCAAAAGUUGGUGGAUUCUAAAACAAAUUUUUCCAAUCCUUUCAUAUGGAAUGAAAAGUUGAAAUCCUACAACGACUUUUGUGUUAAAUAUAUGCGCAAGAUUCCUGGAAACAUAGCUGUGAUAGAAUAUCUAAUCCGGAAUGAUCCGUUUUCUAGUGAUGAUCUUCGUAACUUGACAGCAAUGAAGUACAGAGAAGGGGGCGAUGAACCAAACAUCUGUUACUCCAUAUUAAAUAACAAGUGUUUUGUGAAACCGUUUGAAGCGUUAUCAUUCAAGCCUGAACAGCAAUCUUUCGCGAUCUUAAAGGAUCGUGGUCAGUUAUGUCUAAUCGACGUGGCUAAUAAAAUUACUGAGUAUAAUCACUUUACCACCUUCCUAUGGCUGCAUCAGAGUUACUUUUCGAAGCUAGAGUCAAAACAAUUGGCUCUUGAUUGGAAAUCAAUUUUCCUGGCGUUUCUCCAUCUUCUUGCUUGCUUGAGUUCCAUCAACGAACGUUCAAGAAGUAACUUCAUUUGUGGGCAUAUUCUAAAUCUCUCCAACUUAGUUGAAAUACCAGAUGAAAUUUAUCAGAACGUGGAACACUGCAUCAGGGAUUUUGAAGACUAUUACAGCAAAAUAGCGCACGGAGUCAUAGAUACUCGUGUUGUUAAAGAUUGUUUUAUAAAAUUACUUGGCCUUAUUAGAACAUUGGCCAAUACGAAUGGGGUGAAAGAUAGACCUACCAAAAUGGAAAGAAAGAUGCAGGUGGGAAUAUGCUGGGUAUAUUUGGGCAUGAUUCAAUCGACCAUAUUACGACCCGUUGGGAACGUGGAUCCUGUUGAAGAAACAAAUGUCAAAAUUGACAAGAUCAAAAAUGAGAUCGUAGAUGUGAGUAGCGAGUUAAAAGUACGGUUGGAAAAUGAGGAAUUAUUGUCGGGUGCAGCUAUUAAUAAGUUUAGCUCAUUGCAAGUUAAUCCAAGUCACGUGAGAAACCUGAUCCAAUAUCAAGCAUCGUUAAAGUCAGAGAUAUCAGAGAUUGGAAACGAGGUCGCUUAUAGACCUGUGCCAUCCCAAUUCCGUAAGAUAAUUGGAAUUCUUCAACAUUUCUCAAACAGUAUCACAAGUUAUUCGCAGACUAUGAAAAUAAUAGAUGAUGUAAGCAGCGACACAGAGUCAUACGCUAAACGAAGACGUGGCAUCGUUCAUCUUCAAACGUGGAUUAAGAGCGUCAGGAAAUUUACGUCGCAACUACAAGAUUUUGUGGCCUACCAAGACAUCUUAGGACCUUAUAUUUCUGGCUUAUUCCAGAUAUUGCAGGGAUCAGAGAUGAUAAUUUCGGCUGUGGAAAGCAAACUAAAAUGGAUAAAAUAUAAAGAGAUCAUACAGGCUGAAUUAAAUGCAAAGACAUACCUUCCCCAAGAAAUAGUCUCAUGUGUUUUACCUUUCUCGUGUUUUGGCAAGUCAAUGUCAACAAGAGUUGCAAGAUUACUAAGUGAAGAAAUGUCUCGGGGCAUUGAAGCUCUCUGCCAGACGAAUUUAUCAACGAUUACAGGUGUAGACUGGAAAGAGGAAAGUGGAAAAUUGAAAUCCCGAAUUCGGAUGCUGGCUCUUAACAUUCUGGAACGAAGUGUGUGUCGCGCUGGUUUUACGAAACCAAACGACAUUCAGAACCUCAUGACUGUUGUCAACUGCUAUAAAACGUUGUGGUUGCUGCACGAGGAAGAACGAAAACUGAAAGAAGAGGAAGAUAAUAGUUUAUACAAGUUUAAAACAAAAUCUUAUUGCAGCGAUGAGGAUUCUGAUGAACAACAAAACCAAAAAGAAGUUGACAUGUUUUUUACAAGGUUUGACGAGGAAUACAAAGAUCUUAACUUGAAAGAAAAUAAGGAUUCCAAUUCCAAGACGAAGCAAGAGUUUGUUGAAGCUCAUUCAACCUUGGACGCUAUUCGUGAAAAUGAUUUAUCGGAAUUUUUCAAGAUUCAUCACUUUUUGGUUUCAUCGUUACCAAACGUUUCUCGGCUUCUCUCGACGCUUCACGACACCCAGUGGAAAGACAAUAAUGCAAAAUUGAAAGAAAUUCAAAUUGCUUAUGAUGGUUAUAAUAUAACGGCAGAUGUGGUGAAGAUUGCUGACUUGUGUGAUGAAGAACUGCCAGAUAAUUCAACACAAAAUCAUCUUCUCGCGAGCUCGCUAUUACAAAAGUCUCUCUUCGCCUGUCAAAGUGGAUCUGCUUUGCAGGAGCAGUUUAAUAUGGGUUCUUCUAAUGUGCUGUUUCAUAGAAAAAGCGAGGAAUAUGACAUUUAUCACGACAGUAAUUUCAAGGAAAUUAUUCAAGUCUUACCAAUACUUAAAAGUUUCAAAUCGAGACUAAAACAGUUGCUGGAGGAGUGGCCUGAACAUCCAACUCUUGUUCAGUUAUGUCAAACCAUCGAGCGAAUUGAAUCUUUCCCAGUAACAAGUCCUGUUAUGAAAAUACUAAAUGGGUUGGAAAUAUUAUUGAAACACUCUCAGGAGUGGGAAUCUAACGCUAGCAGGCACGUUUCAAUCCGAGAUCACUUGGAUCAAAUUACACAGAAGAUCAUUCAAUGGAGGCAGCUUGAGUUAAGUUGUUGGUCUUCUUUACUUCUCGUUUGUGAAACGAGAGUCCGUGAACAAGCCAAUCAUUGGUGGUUUCAUAUAGUUCACGUGAUUCAACAGUUUUCUAAACCCAAGGAUAGUGGUUUGAUGGAUUUCACGGAAUUAAUAAAGGUUCUACAGCAGUUUAUUGAAGGAUCGCCAUUGGGAGAAUUUUCCGAAAGAUUGAAAAUACUCGUGUCGUUUAGUAACCAGAAGACUGUUGAACAUGUUCAAAAUAAAAAUUCAGGUAUUGUUCGAACAAUUUUGCAGAAUAUAUAUCGCUAUUACCAGCAGUUCGAGUCCCGUACAGACUCUUCAAUACACAAAGCUAAAGCACCAAUUGAGAAAGAGCUCAAGGAUUUCAUAAAGAUCGUGAAAUGGAAGGAUAUCAAUUACUGGGCAAUGAAAGAAACUUCAUCAAAGUCUCAUUAUACGUUACUGAAACUUAUGAAGAAAUAUCAGCGAGCAUUGUCUGAGGGAAUUGAUGGGAUUUUAAUGUCUUCUGGACAAGUCUUAUCUUGCAAAGAUCCGGGAGAAAAAAAUGACUUAAUUUUCGAGUUUGAAAUCUCGAGAUUUCUGUCACCAAUCAACCUCCGGAAUCUAGACCUGAUAAAUAUUGACAAGGAUACUGAGAGUCUACCAGUUCCACAGAUGUUCGAAAAAAUGAGAAAAUUAACGCAGAAAAAACUGAACGUUUUAAGAUACAAAAUGUUGUCAGAAUCUGUCGAUGAAUUUACAAGUGAAAUAGUGGAAACAACACAGUCACUUCAAAAGUUAGAAAUUGGUGAUAAGACUGGCAAAGAACGAACACAAUUUCGCAAGCACAUUCAUGUGUUAAAGAAACGUGCAUUGGCUGAUCUGUUUAAGGGGUUAAAGAAAUUAGGUUUAUCGUACCGAAAAGGGAUACGUCUUCGCCAGCAGAAUUCUUUAAAAGAUCCGAUGAUGGUGGAUUGUGAUGUUUUGGGAUCGUUGCGAAAUGUUGUUAAACUAUUUAACAAUAAUUCGCAUCCAAGUUUUCUGCCGUUGUUAGAGGACGGUAUGAAAUAUUAUCAAAAAUGUGUCGCUCGUUCUGCUGUCAUGAACAAUGUUAUCUCUUCCCCAUCCAAGGAUCUCACAGUCGGAGAUGUUGAUAGAAUGAAAGGUUUUGUUGAGCAUUUACGUGAGAUGACACAAAGACAACGGGAAAAUAUCUCAACUGUUGGCAAGUCAUUUUCUGAAUUGAGCCUGGUAGCCGCACAAUUAAAAACGAUCGCGAGUGGGCAACCUUGCAAACUUCCACCCCAACGCAAAAUGGCUGAAUGGACAUCUCGACUUGAUGAAAUACUGGACAUCAGCCUUGAGACUUCAACUAAACUCUUGUGUUUGCUCGAUACAUGCCCUGAUUCAAAAAUAGAUAUUGCUAUGAGUCCAGUUCCUGAAGAUUUGUCUGAUCUAUCGAAAUGUUGUAAGCAAGACAGCACAUAUGUUUGCUUGAGGAGAGCUACAGAAGCAUUCUAUGAAGAUAUAUCAAAGAUUAAAGACAAACUUUAUUUGCAAACAAUGAUGUUGCAUCCAGUGGCGAGCGAUAAAGAAGACACCGCAUUUCUUGCAACAUGGACUCACUUUGAAUGUUUGGAGUCCUCGUUUCUGCAACUAAAUGAGACUAUAUUACAUCUGGAUGGAUUUGCCAAAGUGGAUGCAAGUUGCGACGACGCAGAAAACAGCACUAAUUAUGGCAACCUAGGUUGUGGAAAACUUGCAUUUCGUUUGAGAGAAGAUAUUGCAAAAACGUGUCAAGAAUUUUCUGUUUGGAGUAGAGAGACUUUUAAAGAAACGCACAGUGAUACUUCUGAAGAACAUAUUUCUUCAAUUCGCUCCAAAGUGAAGUCAGCGAAAGAGGACAUUCUCGUGAGUUUCCAAAAAUGGUAUAAACGAAAAGAUAUUGGUAUUUUUGAAACGAAAGAAUCUCCAGUUAUCGUAGAAGAUGAAGAUGAGAAAUAUUUUGUCGAAGGACUAGACAACGAACUUAUGGCAGAUACCUCAAUCCUUAAUAUCCCGGAAAGGACAAGAAAUAUGAAAACCUUUAUCAAUUUUUUAAGACAAGAAAUUGAUGAACAGUAUGAAAACCAUAACGGCAGAUUCAUCCAAACACUUUGCGAGAUUAUGAUGAGCAUUCUUCCAUGUUUUUCUCAAUACGUGUUGCUUGUCGAAUAUCAUUUUCAUCAACUACUUCACUGUCAUCGAAUAUCGUGUAAACUACAGUCAGUCCUGUUGGGCAUGUUUUCUGAAUUAUUGCAAAAAGGUUUCUGUCUCCCCCCUGACGUGGAGGAAACAGAAGGUGAGGGAGCAACGACAUUUGAAGACGCGGAGAAUUGCGGCAUUGGUGAGGGAGACGGAAUGAAGGAUGUUAGCGAUCAGAUUGAAGACGAAGAGCAGUUGCUCGGAGCUGAACAAGAGAAAAGCGAAGAGAAGGAGGGAGAUAAAAAUGAGAUUCCUGAUGAAGAACAUGGAAUUGAGAUGAGUGAAGACUUUGAUGGAGAAACGCAUGAUGUUGAAAAAGGUGGUGAAGAUAGUGAUGACGAGGGUGAAUCCGAGGAUGAAAAAGACAAUCUGGAGCAACAAAUGGGAGAUGUUGAUGGACCUGAAGAAACAUUGGAUGAAAAAUUGUGGGCUGAUUCAGAUGGCGAAGAAGACGACAAUGAUAAGGCUGAAGGCGAGGAUGAACGCGGCACUGGAGCAGAUGGUGAAGAUGAAAGUGAAAUGGUCGCAAAAGAAGAAAAUCUUGGUUCAAGUAAAGAAAACAAAAAUAAACCAAAGGAGGAAAAUACGGAGGAGGAGGACGAGAUAAACGAAUUAGGAAAAGAUGAAAAUGAUCAAGGAAACCUGGAUGAUGAUUUUUCCAAUGAUAAAAAUGAACUGAAGUCCGAUGAUUUGCAACCUGAAGAUAUGAAUCUUGCAGAUGAUCUGGAGCUGGACACUCGGGAAAAUGAUGCGGGAGAUGAUGAUAGUGAUCUUAAAGAAGAUAAUGAUGAGGUUGAACACGAUGGUGAAGAUGAAGAUGGGGAUGGUAAAGACGAAGUUGAAAAUGCGAGUAAUGGCGACGCUGAAGAAAACGAUAUUCAAAUGACAGAUGAAAAGGAAACUGAAGAAACCAGCAAUCAACAGGAACAAGAAGAAGAAAACGAUCAAGCUGAUUUAGAAAAGGAUGAAGAUAAUGAAAAUAAUGACUGGAAAACAGAGUCAGAAACAAAGGGAGAGAACGUUGAGUCGGUUGAGAAUGAAGGUAACCCUGAUGCAUCGUCAUAUGGCGAAUCUGCCAGCAGUGAGAGGUCUGAUCCAACUGUAAAUGACGAAAGCUUGUCCGAAGGAAAUGAUGAUGGGACUCAUAAUAGUAUGUCUCUGCAGAGUGGUUUGGACUCCACUAAUAAUUCUACCACGUGUAAAACUACAGAUCUGGCUUCAACGGAAACAAGUUCUCACCGGAAACAAUUAAAUAGAUCCAGAGCGAAUCGAAGUCUUGGUUCGUCGGAGGAAACCGCAAGCAAGAAACCAAAAGUUCUGGAUUCUUUAGACGAUAAUUCUGUCGAUAACCAGCGACAAGAUACAGCUUUUUCUGCCGAUUUGUUUGAGCAUCUAAGAAAUGAUAAUGAAAUGCAUGACACUCAAGUGUAUGAUGCCGCAACCGCUGAACAACAGAAGCAACAAGAAACCGUCAACUAUCCAACCGAGACUGAGGAUCAAGACCAGACUGAGAAUAUGGAUGAAGACUGGGAACUACCACCAGAAAAUGAAAGUCGUACCGCCGAGCAAAAGGUUGAAAAAAGUGAACGUAGUUCGCAUUUUCAAUCAGACAAGGGACAAGACAGUCCGGAGAAGAAUAUUGACGAUAAUGAAAUGUCAACUGAAGAAGUUGAAGAAAUGGCGACGACAGAAUGGCAAGAUACAGCAAGUUCUGUGUUCGUGGGGAGAGAUUCCGUUUUUGUCCAGGAACAAACAGCGGUUAUAGACUUGGAGAAAUGUCGGAAUGAACUGGAGGAUUUAUUGAAUAAAUGGCGUGAUCUAAAAGAUGGGAGCCCUGAAGAACAAGCUACUGCACUUGACACGUGGCAUAAAUAUGAACAACUGACGUCAGCACAUUCUCAGCAACUUUGUGAACAACUUAGGAUCGUAUUGGAACCAUCCAUAGCUAACAAACUAAGAGGUGAUUAUCGUACCGGUAAAAGAUUGAAUAUGCGCAAGGUGAUUCCAUACAUUGCUAGUCAGUAUCGUAAAGAUAAGAUUUGGUUAAGAAGAACAAAGAAAAGUAAAAGACAAUAUCAAAUUUUAUUGGCUAUUGAUGACUCCUCGAGUAUGUCAGAUAACAAGUCAAAACAGUUGGCAUUCGAGUCUCUCGCAGUUAUAACGAAUGCAUUGACCAGACUGGAAGUAGGAGAAAUCGCAAUUUGCAGUUUUGGAGAAGACGUUCAACUACUUCAUCCAUUUCAUGAGACGUUUACCGAGCCAUCUGGUGCAAAUAUUCUUCGUCAGUUUCGCUUCGAACAAAAGAAAACAAAAAUUGCGCAGCUGUUAGAUUCGUGCACAAAUGUAAUGACGUCAGCAAGAUCACGAAUCAAAGGAAAUGACGUAUCACAACUUCUUCUAAUAGUCUCUGAUGGCCGUGGUAUCUUUCUUGAAGGAGUGGAGACUGUCCAGAAAGCCGUCAGAAAGGCGAGAGAAGCUGGCAUAUUUUUGGUAUUUGUAAUCUUGGAUAACCCAACAAAUAAAGACUCCGUCCUUGAUAUCAAAGUUCCUAUAUUUCGCCCCAACCAACUUCCCGAACUGAAGUCAUAUAUUGAACAAUUUCCAUUCCCAUUUUAUAUAGUUUUGCGCGAUACUAGUUCUCUUCCUGACACAUUGAGUGACUCUUUAAGACAGUGGUUUGAACUUGUAACAAAUAUAAGCUAAAGGCAAUAUCAUACCAUAUAAAUAAAAGUGCAAUUUUAAAUAUAAAUAAGUUUAUUAACGUUUAUAUACAUGUAAA